CACUACAGCAGAAGCGUCGGAUGUUUUUUGUUUUUUACUGAGCUCGUCGUUGGUCAGUUCAAGAGCAGGGAGAGAUCUGUCAAGCCAUCAAGAAUGCAGAGUCUGUCAGUGCAGGCGCUGGCUCUGCGGCAGCUGGGCAGAUUGAACUCUAUGCAGAUGUUCACGCCAUGCCAUAGCUCAUGCCUGAACAUGUGGUGCCCACGGACGUUACAUGCUCGUCAAGUGUGGGGUUCAGCCGCUCUCCAGACACACCGGACAAGCAUGUGGACAAAACCAUGGGACGGACGGCAGAGCUGGCCGCUUCACCAGACCCGACUCAAGAGCACAAGAAAGAAAGGGAAGCAAAGAACGGUCCAGGAGGAAGAGGAGGAUGAGGAUCCAGAGGCUAGUGACUAUGAAGAAGAGCUUCAAGAUGACCCAGGCUUACCCAAAGACUACAAAGACCACGAGAAAAGCGUGCAGUCUCUACGCUUCGACUUAGUUUUGAAAUCUGGAUUGGAUAUUGCAAGAAAUGGUGUGGAGGAUGCUUUCUAUAACCACAAGCUGCGCCUCAACGGUCAGAGUCUCACCAAGAAGAGUAAAAUGGUUAAAGUGGGUGAUAUACUAGAUCUGAUCAUAAAAGAAGACAAGGAAAUGGACACAGUCUUGCUAAAGAGAGUGAUCUUAAAAAAGGUGGUGGGAGAGACAAACGAUGCAGAAAAGCAGAGAGUCAUUCUAAGAAGCUGGAAAAACCUUCAACUUCCCAGAAAGGACGUGUUUAAGCAGUGAAGACGGAUUCCAUGCUGAUUGUUGAGAGGUGACGGAUCAAAAAAUUGGAUAAAAGUGGCAUUUCCUAUUCUACUAUCCAGUCAUUUAUUUUUUAGACAGCAGGAGUGCUGUUUCCAAUCUGAUGCACAUGACAGUUCUCAUGACUCUUUCAUACAACUUAAAAGAUAUAUGAAUGUCCUUCAGUUUUAGGUCACAAGUGGAACACCCACAACAAGAAACAUCCUGUUGUUUAUAAAUGGCGGUGGUCAUAUGCAUGUUUUCUUUUUCUUUUUUUUUUUCUUUUCACAAACAUACCAUUGUUGGGGUAACCUGUGAUCAUGAGUCGGUGAUUAAUUUGAUGUUGUUAACUUGGAAUAUCAAAUUUAUGAAAAAUCUUUAAUGUGGAUGAAAAGGCUAGACCUUGUCAGACAUUUAUGAAAUAACUUUUCACAUAAAAAUCAAAUUUUGUUUAUUUUCUGUCCAAAACAGUUUUCAAUGUUUCGUCUGUAUGGCACCGGUAGAUGUAAGCAGUUCUCAGGAAGGGAACAGAGCGAAUGUGCAUAUAGCUGAGCCAAAUAAGCAAUGAAGUAUUAAGACAGUUGUGCACAGCCGUUUACAAACCAUAUUUGAUGGAGGACAUGAGGUUUUACAUUAAAUGUAAGCAUUUUCAUUGAUACAUGUGUGCUUGGGACGAAAUUAAAAUAAAAGCCAACAUAAAAUUCA